AUGGCUAAUAAUCUAGUAUUUGAAAUGUUGAAGUACUUUCGAACUGUACUGUUUUAUGAAUAAAAUUUUGUAAUCAUUUUAUAAAUGAAAUAAUUUGGAAUAAAUUUGCUAACAAUCGUUACUCUGAUAAAUCCAUCCUUCUCCAUCUACCAGAAUUUACUACUUGCAAUCAGUAUCUGUAUUAUGCUAUUUAACCAAUACUUACGUUACCAUCAAUAUUUCAACAUCAAAAAAUUAGCUCAUGUAAUGAUAUACUUAAAAUGGAUUACGAUGUAUGCCUAGCUAUCUCAAAGUUGCACAUAAUAGCAAAUAUGUGCUCAACUCAUUUUGCUCACAGAACUUGACUUGUUUGUUAAGACAAUCAUUGGGAUUGGAUCUUCAAUCAAUUCUAUCCUACAACCAAAUAUUUAUGGGUUUUACAUUACGAUUCCAUAUAUGAUAGUGAUUUUAAGUGUUAUUUUCUAUGAUUAUUGGAAACACCUUCAGAAAAAUGAAAAUAGCAGUACUUAACAGCAAAAAGCUAAGUUUAUCAAUUCUAAAUAAUUGUCAAAUUAGUUUGAUUAAUAGUCUUCUAAAGUCCAAAUCCAAGGUAAUUGUUUAAAGUCUCCUGGCUUAGAAGGUCCUGAUCAAUAAAAUAGUCCAAUGAUUUUGGAUAUGCAAUGUAAUGAAGAAGAGGAUGUUCUUGCUCACAUGGCAUGGAUUCACAAUCAAUCUAUACUAGUCUAUAAUCAAAAUUUCGAAAUCACAUACCAAAACUUCUACUUAGGGAAACUUACGAAUCCGUAGUGUUCAGGAGUCAAUUAAAAUUAUGAUUAUGAGCAAAUCUUUCUAGAAUGCGUAAUAGAAAUAGGAAGUAGAGAAGUCAACGAGUUAUUUGGGAAUUCAGAAGUAGACUUGGAUUAAGAAGACUCCUUGGUAUUAGACAGCACUGUACACAGUAGAUAUAAAAUCAAAGGUGGAUUGUAAAAAAUAAGAUAAAUGGUCUCGGCUUUAUUUAACAAUUAUUAAAAAUGGAAAUUCUUUACCUUUACACUUUUCAAAAUAAAAAGCAAUGAACUUGACUUUAAGAAUAUUGGUAUAAAAGUGCUAGUCACUGAAGUGAAAUCAAAGCUGUAUACUCUGUUCAUGUUUGAAACAGUGCAAAAAGAGAAUUCAAAAGGAGUAUUAGAUGAACCGGUUUAAUUUUUAAAUGUUUUCUAAACUUUUCUUUCUGAAUCCAACAAUUACAUUAAUGCUAUUCAUUUAUUACUUCUAUUAUGCUCUCACGAUCACGAAAAGAACUCAGGUAAAAUUUCUAAAGAAUACCUAAAACAAAUGAGAAUGAGCACUUAAAAACUUAUGAUUUUUUUGGGAACCAUGAAAGACCUCUCUCUUCAACUCACAAAUCAAUUGACUUUUAGAAACUCAACCUUCAAACUCACCGAUUUAUUAGAUGAACUCCAACUCAUAUACGAGGAUUGUUUAAAAAUUAAGGAGAUCUCAAUCAUUCAGAUAAUCGAAAAUGAUAUGAUAGUUUUCAAUGAUUAAGAUCGAACUAAACAAAUUCUAAAAUGUCUAUUCGAAAUAGCUAUCAAAUUUACUGUUGCCUCGAAAAUCAGAAUUGAUAUUCAUUAGGUAUCACCAAAUAAUUAUCAAUUUUAAAUCAAAGACAUUCCAUUUAGAGAAGAAAGCUUAAAGUCUCAAUAUCAAACAGUUCUUAAGAACACAGCAUAAUUAAUGAAAACUAAUUGCAAAGAUUUUGACAUGAGCAAUCUUUUGGAAUUGUAAGCGGCAGCAAUUCUAGCCUUCUCUCUUUCUGGAUCUCUCAGAAAACCAUUAGAAAUAAGCUUUGAUAACCAACUUUAAGGCACUUUCACUUUUACUGUUGAAUCACUUCCAAUAAACGGUAAACAUGGUAAUCACAAUCAAUAAAUCAAACCUAAGCGUGCCUUUGAAACAUCACUCUCUAUGUUAUUAGCAUAGGCAUAAGACAGUUCUCAUUAUAAGUAUGAAGAAUCAAAAUACAUGUCUUUUACUUAGAUAUCAAAAUAAUAUUCACUCAAACCAGAUGUCCCAUUUGAUUUACAGAGUGCUCAUUUUUCGCAAAUAUCCAAAAUCAAAUAAGAGUCUCCCCAAAUCAAACCUCUAGGUUCUUAAGCUUAAAUCAAUUCUGGUGGAACCAAUAAAGUGCAGGAUUCCCUGUUUCCGAAAAGCUUAAACAAUUAGAAUCCUUCAAAAGCGAUCAAAAGUGAUUCUGCAAUCAAUGAAUCUUCCAAACCUAUGACGAGUGCUUUGGAUUUUGGAGAAAGUACGAAUCCAAAUAUUGAUCUCCAGGAAUUGAGUCCAAAGUUUUUACAUUCUGUAAUAAAGUUCAAAUUAACUAAUUAAUGUUGUUCAAAAGUCAUAAUUGCAGAUAACGAUUAUCUGAAUGUUUAAGUACUCUAAAUACUACUCAAUAAAUAUGAGGUUAAAUCUGAUAAAGCAUUUACACAGCAACAGACUCUUUAGUUAAUAAGAAGUAAGUCACUCAAUCCAUGCAGAUGCAAAAAUGGGGCUUAUUUAAUUUACUUUAUUGGAUGUCUCCUUGCCGCAAUCAGCAGUGGAUUUGAUCAAAGAAAUCAAAUAACUUUUUAAAUCUUUGUUAGUAGACAAGGGCUUCAUCAUUGCCAUGGCUAGUUAUAGCGAUAUGGAUUUGAAAUUGAGUUGUUUCAACUCUGGAAUCGAUUAUUUCAUUACAAAACCUUUUGAUUUAUUUGAAUUAACUGCAAUUCUUUAAUAUAUAUAGUUUUGAUCAAACCUAA